AUGUCCCAACCACGAAACUACACGGUUGGUUGGAUAUGUGCUAUCAGAGUUGAAUACAUUGCUGCACAAGUCUUCCUUGAUGAGGAACACGACCCGCCAGAAUAUAUUUUACAGCAUGACAAUAAUCAUUAUAUAUUGGGUCGAAUCGGAAAGCAUAAUGUGGUUAUCGUGACUUUGCCUUCAGGAAAAUAUGGGACAACCUCUGCUGCAACAGUUGCCAGGGAUCUACUAUAUAUAUUCCCAAAUGUCAAGAUUGGUCUUAUGGUGGGAAUUGACGACGGGGCUCCUACUGAGAAACAUGAUAUUCGCCUGGGCGAUGUGCUUGUCAGCCAUCCGGGAGAUAGUAACGGCGGACUACUCCAGUAUGAUUUUGCGCUUGUGGGCCUACGAGUUUUGUAUGAGCGAAAAGGUUAUUGCCUCAAGACAGCUGUUGAAAGAACUUUGGAAAAGAACAAGAGGCUGCGGAAGAAAUUUGAGCAACCAGAUCCAAGUAGUGACAGACUAUAUGAGUGUAAAAUAACUCAUGCGAAUGGCGAGGAAAGCUGCUUCACAGCUUGUGGUUUACGAGGGCUAAAACUGCGACACUUGCUGCCCGAGGACGAUGAUGACCCAGAGAUUCACUAUGGAUUGAUUGCAUCGGGGAAUCGAUUGAUGAAGAAUGCUUUGAUUCGAGAUCAACUAGCUAGCGAGAUAGAUAUCUUGUGCUUUAAAAUGGAAGUAACAGGUCUGAUGAACCACUUUCCCUGUCUUGCUAUACGCAGCAUCUGUGAUUAUUCAGAUUCUCACAAAAACAAAAAAUGGCAGGGCUACGCUGCGAUGAUAGCUGCUGCAUAUACGAAGGAUCUUAUUAAUCAGAUACAACCAAACAAGGUGGCACUCGAGAACACAAUCAAAGAUCAUCUAUUAGGUAAUGAAUCCAAAAUUUCAGAAAAGAAAAUGACUCAACUGUUCAUAGGUCUUGAAAAGAUUGCAACCAAACAAUUGGAUGUUUCAAAACAGCAACUCAAAGUUCAGAAGCAUCUAGCUGACAAUGAAAUAUUAAAACAGGAGCGGGAAUGUCUCCGGCUCUUUCGCCUUACCAGCGGUACCCAAGAUAUUACAUACGAGUGGUACAAGCACCGUGUGGAAGAUAGAGUGGAAAAUACUUGCAUGUGGUUUCUGAAACACCAGCAUUUCCAAUCGUGGCUGAAGGCAGACUCCGGCCCUCUAUUCGUAUCAGCAGACCCUGGAUGCGGCAAAUCAGUUCUUGCGAAAUAUCUGAUUGAUCAUGUGCUUCCAGAGACAGCCAAAGCAACGAAUGUGUGCUAUUUUUUCUUCAAAACACAGGAUCAGCACACAAUUCGCCAGGCACUUUCUCUUUUCUAUGAAACCGUCAUUGAUACGGACGGCAAUGCCACUGUACGAAAGGGAUGCUUCGGCUAUGAUCCCCGCACAGGAUCUGUAACUAUUGUACUUGAUGCGAUUGAUGAGUGUUCUGAGUCGGCAAGCCUAAUAAAGAGCAUAGAGAAGCAGUUCUACAGCGGUGCUGUAAACUAUGGGAAGCUAAAGUUUCUCCUCACAAGUCGACCAUAUCGCCAAAUUAUAUCGGACUUCUAUGGCCUAGCAGAAGCUUUUCCAGAAAUCCAUAUCCCCGGAGAAGAAGAGUCAGAAGUGAUCAGCUAUGAGGUAAAUCACGUUAUUGCACAUCGAAUCCAACGAUCGUCAACAAAAAGACAGUGGUCGCCUGCUAUUGAAAAUCAUCUUAGAAAUAAACUCCAGCACAACUCCCACCGCACCUAUCUCUGGGUUUAUCUUAUAUUUGAGCACCUCGAGGCUGAGGACUUCAAAAAGGCUCCAAAAGGAAUCGAUCUGGCUAUUGAGAACCUUCCCAGGACUGUCAAUGAGGCAUACGAACAGAUUCUCAGUCGGUCCAAGAACAACAGAUAUGUCCAAAAAGCUCUUAGUGUAAUUCUAGCUGCUUGUCGACCGCUGAAAAUCUCGGAAAUGAAGGUUGCCAUGGAGAUAGAAAGCACAUCGCAAUCUUUGGAAGACCUUGACCCAGAAACAGACGAGGACUUCAAGGUGCGGUUGAGAUCCUGUUGCGGGUUAUUUAUCUCUAUCUAUGAAGAAAACAUCCACUUUCUUCAUCAAACAGCACGAGAAUUUCUUAUCCGUGCUGAUUCGGGAUUAACUACGACCCCAUCGUUGGUACCACCGUUUCAAGGCUCCAUCACUCUCCGAGAUGCAAACGACAUUCUUGCGAAAUGCUGUGUGCGCUACCUAGACUUCUUCAAUUUUGAUGGCCACACAAUGGAUGAUGCCAAAGAAGAAAUGCUAGCUUCUUUUCAGUCCUAUGCAUUCUCCUCCUACUCAGCCAUAUAUUGGGCCGACCAUUUUCGCGAAGCUCAAGACGGGGCGUAUCCUGCUUUUCUUGAUUGCGUAAUGAGAAUCAUCAACCCAGGUUCACACAGCUUUUCUCAAUGGAAUUUGCACUGGCGCAACCACGAGCGCCCGAGCAAUAGAAGAUGGAAUGGACCACUUCAAGAAAGAAAUGACAAUGAUGAGACACUAUUAAUACAAGCUGUUAACAAUGGGCACAAGAUUGCAAUUCGUGUCCUUGUCGAGAAAGGCGCGAACAUUGAAGCAGCUGAUAAUCAAGGUCAAACACCUCUGAUAUGGGCUGUCAAAGUGGAUCACGAGCCUACAGUUAAAUAUCUCCUUGAGAAGGGUGCUAAUACUGACGCAAGAGAUCAUUCUUUCGGUCAGACGGCACUAUCAUGGGCUGCUGAGAGAGGCUAUGAGACUAUAGCUGCUCUACUUAUCACAAAUGGUGCCGAUAUUGAAGCAUGA